GAACAUUGUGUCUUGCCCGGGAUUCAUAACUAUUUUACUCCAUCAACCUAUUUGCAACCUGGCACGACGAUGGCCAGCGGAUUCGUCACUGAAAGCGAGCUGGCCGAAGCGCGUCGGCUCCGGCAGGAAGAGUGGGAAAAAGUGCGAACGGCCGAUCAACCAAUAGAGGCACCGGAACAGGAAUACGAUGGCCGAUCGCUCUACGAUCGUCUGCAGGAGCAAAAGUCGAAGAAAGACCUCGAGUUCGAGGAAGCACACAAGUUGAAAAAUAUGAUCAAAGGUUUGGACGAUGACGAGGUAGAGUUUCUGGACUUGGUGGACAAAAAUCGACUAAACGCCGAACGGCAGGCCCAGCUGGAAGAGCGAAAGGAGAUGAACGAAUUCCGUGCGAAAGUGGCCACACUGCAGGAGAAGCGACUAGACGAGCAAAUACAGCAGCAAGUAUCGAAACCGAAGCCCGCGAAGCUCCCAGUGAGCAGCGCGCGAAUGAGUCAAAAGCAAAUUCUAGCCGGAGUUGUAGUGCGCAAGCGGAAGCUGGAAGACGAACCAAAGGGCACCGAACCGGAUGCGAAAAUGGCGGCCAGUGACGCUAAGGUUACCGCGGGCAGCAACUCGUCCAGCGGUGCCUGCGUAGUGGUGCCGGCCAAAGCUAAACCAACGAACACGGCAAUGCGCGUGAUUGGCAUACUGCCCGGGAUGGGGUCGUACGGGAACGACGACGAUGACGACUCCGACUCAAACACCAGUUCGGACGAUUCCGACAUCGAUACCUCGCACCCAGGUUUUGACUGGAUCGGCCGCAAGAUUCAGAAAACGUGCGAGGAAAAAUGAUGCCCCGCACGGUUGUGGACUUUCUAAAAGCGAAACACCCCGGAACCUUGGAACAGUCCAGGUUAGUUUUCCUCGGUUUCGGGCCCCUGCAGAUGAACAAUAAAUGUCAAUAGCUAGGGCGAUGUUUGGGGCGUUAUUACCCACGAUAAGCUUUUCCAUAGCGUAAGGUAGGUUUAAAUCUUGUUGUUUCACGGUUCUAAAUUAUGCG